AUGACGUCAACCGCAGGGGAGUGUUCGCGCGGCGGACAGGACGCGGGGGGACUGUUUGCGUGGCUUACGGGACGUGGGGGGACUGUUCGCGUGGCUUACGGGACGCGGGGGGACUGUUCGCGUGGCGUACGGGACGUAGGGGGACUGUUCGCGUGGCUUACGGGACGUGGGGGACUGUUCGCGUGGCUUACGGGACGCGGGGGGACUGUUUGCGCGGCGUACAGGAUGCGGGAGGACUGUUCGCGCGGCAGACGAAAGGAAGGACUGUCCGCACGGCAUAAGGGACACGAGGGGACUGUUCGCGCGGUGUACGGAAGGAAGGACUGUUCGCGCGUCGUACAGGACACGGGGGGACUGUUCGCGCGGUACUUCGAGCACUACACCACCGUGCUCAUGCCCAGUAUCUUCGGCGUCAUCUGCCUGCUGGGCCUGCUGGGCAACACCAUCGUCAUCUACACCAUCGUCAAGAAGACCAAGCUGUGCUCCCAGCAGACGGGCCCGGACAUCUUCAUCUUCAGCCUGUCCAUGGCCGACCUCCUCUUCCUCCUCGGCAUGCCCUUCCUCAUCCACCAGCUGGUCGGCCGGGGCUCCUGGUGCUUCGGCUCCACCAUGUGCACCGUCAUCACCGCCCUCGACUCCAACAGCCAGAUCGUCAGCACCUACAUCCUCACCGUCAUGACGCUGGACCGCUACCUGGCGACCGUCCACCCCAUCCGCUUCAAGCACAUCCGCACGCCGUUCAUGGCCGGAGCCGCUGUGGCGCUCGUCUGGGUGUUUUCGCUCGUGUCGAUAACUCCGGUUUGGAUGUACACCGGACUCAUGCCGUUGAAAGAUGGCACGGUCGGAUGCGCGUUGCUGCUCCCCAACCCCGCCACCGACACGUACUGGUUCACGCUCUACCAGUUCAUACUCGCUUUCGCUCUGCCGCUGGUCGUCAUCUGCGGCGUUUUCUUCAAGAUCCUGCAGAACAUGUCGGUGACGGUGGCGCCGCUGCCCCAACGCAACCUGCGAAUCCGGACUCGCAAGGUGACGCGCAUGGCCGUGGCGAUAUGCGUGGCGUUUUUCAUCUGCUGGGCGCCGCACUACAUCCUCCAGCUGGUCCACCUCGGGGUGCAGCGGCCCACGUUCGCCUUCAUGUACGCCUACAACAUCGCCAUCAGCCUGGGCUACGCCAACAGCUGCAUCAACCCGUUCAUCUACAUCGCGCUGAGCGACACGUUCAAGAGGCACUUCCUGGUGGCGGUGCGCUCGACGUACCGGGGGUUCCGCGUGGCUCCCAUGGCAGGCGACGGGAGCAUGAGUUUGAGGCUGGCCCCGGACAGUUCGCAGCAGUCGUCCGGGGAGCUGCUGCAGAACAUGCUGCCAGUCACCGUCACCAUUCACAAGUGA